CUGAAACAAACACCCAGAAAGAAACAAUGAGGAAGCUGUGAUGAAAAGUGAGUUGGAAUGGGAGCUGGAGGUGCUCUGGAUUAGAUGGGUAAGGAAGGCCUCGCUAAGGUAACUUGAACUGAGCGCUGAAGGAGGAAGAGUAUUCCAAACAAAGGAAAUAGGUGCAGAAGCCUUGAAGCAAAAAACCGCUUUGGGAUGUAUGAGGAACCCAAGGGAGGCCCGUGGGUCUGGAACAUAGGAGGCAAGGGGGAGAGAGGCAAGAAAUGAACUCCUGAGGUAGGAGAGAGGGCAAGAGUCUGAUGCUGCAGAGCUGCUGUUCACCUGCUUUGUACAUAGUUUUUGAAGGCCAGAGGCAGCCAUGGAGUCACCCUCAUACUAGGGAGUGAUAUCUAAUGCACAUCUUUUAAAAACUCCUGGCUGUUUAGGAGGGUCAGAGAGAAAAUGGGUCCAGUAAAAAGGCCACAGCAGUUAGCUCAUGAGAGGUGAUAGCAGCCUGAAUUAAGAGGGAGAGUUGUGGGCCCUGUGCAGUAUUUCGCGGGUAGAGCCAAGAGGUGGAGCUGGGCGCGAGAAACAGUGGAGCGAGGAAGCCACGGAGAGGAGCAUCUGUUUGGGCCGAGCCGGAACAACUGCAGGAAGAGCUAGUCGGGGGCGGGAUGACCCCAUCCCUCUGCGGGACGAUGUGACGUGCGUCCCAAGAAAGAGACUAGGCCACAGGCGUCUGGGACUCGGGAAGACCUUUGAGCCGCAGACAGUUGUGAGUUGUGAGGGAGAAAACUCCAGGAGUCCAAAAAGGGUUGCUACCCGCAGCCUGGCAGGAGCGGCAGACUGGGGCUGGCCCAGCCCCGCGCUCGCCGCGGGUGGGGGCGGGCCCAGGGCGUACUGCGCAGGCGCCCGCCGAGCUAACCGUUUCCAUGGCGGCGAGGACCCACGCGCCCCAACCGCUCCUCAACCGUCGGGUCUCAGUCUUCGGCCCCGCAGGAGACGGUCGUGCCCGAGCGUGUCAACACCCUCACCGCAGCGCCGGCUGCUGCCCGGGGUCAGCCGAACCCCGCCUUCCCCCUCUCUGUCCUGGGCCUCGACAUGGGCGACCUGGAGCUGCUGCUGCCCGGGGAGGCUGACGUGCUGGUUCGGGGACUGCGCAGCUUCCCGCUGCGCGAGAUGGGCUCCGGAGGGUGAGGCAGCUGAGUCAGGGGUCUGGUGGAGUCAUGGAGUCAGAGUCCUUGAGGUGGAACCAGCAGCAUGAGAACCUGGAGAAGCUGAACAUGCAGGCCAUUCUUGAUGCCACGGCCAGCCAGGGCGAGCCGAUCCAGGAGCUGCUGGUCACCCAUGGGAAGAUCCCAGUGCUGGUGGAGGAGCUGAUUGCAGUGGAGAUGUGGAAGCAGAAAGUGUUCCCUGUGCUGUGCAGGCUGGAGGACUUCAAGCCCCUGAACACUUUUCCCAUAUACAUGGUGGUACACCAUGAGGCCUCCAUCAUCAACCUCCUGGAGACAGUGUUCUUCCACAAGGAGGUGUGUGAGUCAGCAGAGGACACUGUCUUGGACCUAGUGGACUACUGCCACCGCAAACUGACUCUGUUGGUGGCCCGGAGUGGCGACAGUGGCCCCCCUGAGGAUGAUGAGUCCCGAUACAGCACUCCUAUGCAGGAGCUGCAGAAGCAGGCAGAGCUGAUGGAAUUUGAGAUUGCACUGAAGGCCCUCUCAGUGCUACGCUACAUCACAGACUGUGUGGACAGCCUUUCGUUGAGCACCUUGAGCCGCAUGCUCAGCACCCACAACCUGCCUUGCCUCCUGGUAGAGCUGCUGGAGCACAGUCCCUGGAGCCGGCGGGAAGGAGUGUGCUGGUUCCUCUCCCCAGGCAAGCUGCAGCAAUUUGAGGGCAGCCGUUGGCAGACAGUGGCCCCCUCAGAGCAGCAAAAGCUGAGCAAGUUGGACGGGCAGGUCUGGAUUGCCCUGUACAACCUGCUGCUAAGCCCCGAGACCCGGGCCCGCUACUGCCUCACAAGCUUUGCCAAGGGACAGCUACUCAAGCUUCGGGCCUUCCUCACAGACACGCUGCUCGACCAGCUGCCCAACCUAGCAGACCUGCAGAGUUUCCUGACCCAGCUGGCCCUGGCUGAACCCCAGCCCCCUAAGAAGGAUCUGAUAUUGGAACAGAUCCCAGAAAUCUGGGAGCGACUAGAGCGAGAGAAUAGAGGCAAGUGGCAAGCUAUUGCUAAGUACCAGCUGCGGCAUGUAUUCAGCCCCUCAGAGCAGGACCUGCGGCUGCAGGCACGAAGGUGGGCUGAGACCUACAGGCUGGAUGUGCUAGAGGCAGUAGCUCCAGAACGGCCCCGCUGUGCCUACUGCAGUGCAGAGGCUUCCAAGCGCUGCUCACGAUGCCAGAAUGAGUGGUAUUGCUGCAGGGAGUGCCAAGUCAAGCACUGGGAGAAGCAUGGAAAGGCUUGUGUCCUGGCAGCCCAGGGUGACAGAGCCAAGUGAAGGCUGCAGCUGCUGAGGGACGACCAUCCAUGCCAUACAACCCACCCAGAGUGUGCCCCUGAACCUAGGGAUCUCUGCCAGAGCCCUGGCCUCCCAGGUGGUGAACACACUGAGAGGGUAGAGCUGCUAACCUAUCUCCCCCAGCAAAGCGCUCCCAGCUUCCUGCCCCACCCGGCGGGUAGGCUGAGGGCGCUGCCUCAGCAAGCUAGACAGGAGGCCUGGGUGGAGGGCGAGGGCGAGGGCCGGAUGUGGGGACCCUCUUCCUCUAACACUGUAAAGCUGGC